AUGGAAUCGAAGAGAUCUACUCUGACACCAUGGCUAGCUAUCAGUCAUCGAGGCGAACAAGACUGUCAGCCAGCUCAUCUAUGGCGUGAAGCCAGGAGACUUCAAGAACAGGCCAGAAGAAACUUCGGACUUACUCAGAGAGAGUAUUUCGAAAGUAUCAAAGAUUUCAUCAGUGGAUUUAUAUCAUAUCCAGAGAUAUCCAUACUUCCAAUCUUUCGAUCAGAAGAUGUGCAGUUGCGCAAGCCAGGGAUCGCUUCCGUGGUGACAACCAACCACCUAGCGAAAUUUGAUGAAGAAAUCGAGAUCUCGGUAUUCGCCGGCAAACCAACAUUGACUCACGAGCGAUAUAUGCGGAGUUCUUUGACCAUGAUAGGAGGAGGCCUCGAAUCAGCGAUCGACGAAUGUCUAGGCGUGCGAAAUCUUGGCAAGGGAUACUUUGACAUUGACUGUUGCACGCACUGGAAGUAUGGCGUGUCCGAGGAGCGAGGCGCUCUGAUGGUACUACGUCCGGAUGGCAUACUUGGAGCAUCGGCACCUUUGGAUGGCUUUGCCGAUCUCGUUAUCCCUUAUUUCGAGCGGUUGCUCAUAGCGGAAGUCGGCGAGCUAAAGAUCGCUGACCAGAGCAGCCUGGAAAGCGGAAAGCCGAUUAACGGGAUUGUGGCAUAG